AGGUGCCUUCCUCUUGGUGGCAGCAGGCAGCUAACAACCUUCCAACAUGGUAGGAGCACUCCCUGCAUAGGAACCCUCAGAGACCAGUCCCAAGCCUUGCUUGCCGGUGAUGGUGCUGGGGAAGGCGGAGUGUGGUGAGCUGCUUGCUGAGGUCACCCCGACACAACCAGGCUGUGGAGAGGAACUCCCCUGCUCUCUCCUCCAGGUAUGCCAGCUCCUCCUGCUGAAAACAGCUAAGCCUGCUGUUUGGAGUUCUUAGAAUCCCAGCCCCCAAGGAACCUCUCUAGGGGCAAGCUGACUUUACACUGGGAACUGUAUUUCCCAGACCCUGGCAGGCUUUGUAGCUUCUGGACUGACUUCUGCAUUUGUUCAGAGGAACAGCAAGUCUCUCCUACAUUAGCAUCAGUCUCUGUUCGCUUCUACUCACACUGAGGGAGACCCAGUGAGGCCCUCGCUCUGCCAUCCUGGACCGCCUGAGCCUUGAGGCUGCUCCUCCUGCCUCCAAAGUGCAUCACACAGGUCUCCGGGAGCACCGAAGCAGUGGAAGCAGCCAGGAAAAGAAUCAAGAGAAUACCUGAAAUUCUCAGUAUUCAGAAAUACAUGUGGUGCUGGUUGAGGUACUGAACACCGAGCUCUCUGGAAAGCUUUGUAUUAAUAAUUGCUUCACCGAGUUAUCCUGUCCUCUGGCCCAGCCAAGGAGGGAUCAGCACGUAUCCGGGUCAUGGAGGGAAGGUACAGGAGAGCCUCAAAGGCCAUUUUGCUUGGCUCUGACUCAUCCUGACUCUCCAGCGAAGCAGAAAGGAGGAAACCUCACACCACCCAGGUGUGGCCAGCCUUUGACCACUAUUGCAAAUCCCUGAGAGUCUCCCAGUCCCUUCCCAAGUACACUUUUAGCUUUAGAGACUUCUGGCUCAAGGAAAGCUGUAAAGAAGAGACAGGAUGAAGCGGGAAGAGGAGGAAGAGGACGGAAACAGGAUGAAGGCAAAAGGGCCCUUGGAAGUGAAGGAGGGGGAGGAGAUCAGUGAGACGCGAGAACAGGCAGCCCCUUUUGCCGGGGCCACGCCCACCCCGAUGCCCCACAACAAGGGGACUCGGUUUUCUGAGGCCUGGGAAUACUUCCACUUGGCCCCUGCCCGUGCCGGGCACCACCCCAACCAAUAUGCCACUUGCCGGCUGUGUGGCAGGCAGGUGAGCCGGGGCCCUGGGGUUAACGUGGGCACCACAGCCCUAUGGAAGCAUCUGAAAAGCAUGCACAAAGACGAGCUGGAGAAGAGCGGCCACGGUCAAGCUGGGCAGCGUCAGGACCCCAGGCCUCCAGGGUCGCAGCUCCCCACGGGUAUUGAGGGCGACUGGGCCAGGCUCCUGGAGCAGGUGGGGUCCCUGGCUUUAUGGGCCAGCCAAAGAGAAAAGGAACUUCUGAGGAGGGAGAGGGUGGUGGAAUGGCGGGAGCGGGCUGUGGAGAGGCGAGAACGAGCCCUGGAGGAGGUGGAAAGGGCCAUCCUGGAGAUGAGGCGGAAGGUGAGGGCUGAGAAGGAGGCCUGCCAGAGAGAGAAAGACCAGCCCGGGGCAGCUCACCCCUUUCAUUUUGUUUAAACGGGGGCUUGGGAGAAAUUUAUUUUGAAAACACUGACUUUAGACCCAUAGCAAAAAAGUUCUUUUAGUUCCAGCUUACAUAUACAGCAAAGUAGCUUGGUAGGAUUUUGAUUUUAAGAGAAAGAAUAGUAUGGGUUAAUCUCAGCAGGUCUGAAUUGGCCAAAUGCUUAUCUUAUUUUAGGUUCCUUAGAACAGUACUCACCAAAACUUUAAAAUAUACUAACCAUGGGUCUGUGAGUUAUUUGGGGGCAGAAUGUACCAGCCUGUCAGCCUCAAUGAGUGAAAAUAAUGGGAUUUAUGCCUAGCACUUGGUUUUGGUGGAGCUGAAGGUUUUGAUGGUUGAGACUGGAUGGGUGGCUGGAAUAUGCCUGUGUGGCCAGCUCAUUCUGGAGACCCCACAAUGAGCAGAGCUCAGACUUCCUGGGACAGAGGUGUUUGUACACAUUCUGGUGUUGAUUUAAGAACUGGAUGUAAAGCUGAUUCUGUGGGACCCAGCAGUGGAAGAAAGAAUAAACGUGGGCCUGAGAUCUCCAGACUCUUUCAAUGUAUAUCUUUCUCCCAUUAUUACAGUCUUAUAUUAAAACUGUUUUAUCAGAAUAAGCCAUCUUAAUCCUGUAAGUCUUUCCAGCAAUCU